AUGGAUAUUCCUUUUGAAAAUGGUUUUACGCUGUCUGAAGCACUUGAUAUUCUUAUGGAUGAGGAUUUUGAGGGGGAUAUUUUUAUAGAACCACCCGAACCACAUGUCGAUACUGACGCAGAUUCAGGUGAUGACGACGGGGGCGGUAUUGUCGACAAUCUCACAUCUCGUCAAUUAUUAGCCAAUGCUGAAAUACGUCUCCCAAAUAAUGAUAGGAUAGGAUUGGAUAAUAAUAAUUUUGAACCUCAGAAUAUUUAUCAACUUCACGAGGAGACUUCCCUAACUUCAUCUACUACUUUACUACCUGACAAAUUUCAAAAGUGGAUUGCCGAUCGAAAAAAAUCUAAACGUAAUCCAGACUGGAUCAAAAACGCUGAUUUCGAUAUUGAAAGACCAUCACAAUUUCCUACACCAGAUUAUUCCAAUGAAUAUAAUAAUUUGCCAUCUAAACGCCACUAUUGGGAUUCUUCUGAUGAUUUGAAAAACAUAUCUGUAAAUCAAGCAAUGCGUAGAGAUAGGUUUUUACAAAUAUGUCGAUUUUUUCACUGUGCCAAUAAUUCAGAAAUUAAUCACAGUGAUAAAGGUUGGAAAGUACGCCCUUUGAUGGAAAUGUUAAAAAACCGUUGUGUUAAUAAUUUUGUGCCAGAAGAACACUUGGCUUAUGACGAGAGCAUGGAUGGGUAUUUAAUCAAUUUUGAAUUAUACCAAGGAAAAAAUCCAAAAUCUAAUACCGAUUAUGAGCAUUUAUUUGGAAAAGCUGCUAGUCCAUUGUUAUUAUUAUUAGAUGAAAUUCCUGAAAAUAAAAGAUAA